CUAGUAGAAUUGGGCCAAAUCUGUACAAACCCAAAGGGAAAGAACACUAAGUUCUUAUUCUCCUCUCUGUUGGCUUCUGUAAACACUAUCUUCCUCUCUCUGCACCGAUCCAACACAACGGCCAAGAUGGAAGAUGAAUAUAUCUGAAAAUUUCAGUAAUAAAACUUCCGCCCUGAAAUGAAUCCAAACCCUAACCCUAACCCUAACACUAAUCCACCACCCACUGACCCUUAUUACUCUUGUUAUUCCCAAAAUCCUAAUACUCAAUUCUCUCUCCAACAUCUCCAUCAUGUCUAUACUGACCCCUCCGCCGUCGCUGCCGCCUCCACCACCACUAUCAGACCACCUGGGGUGGAUUCCUACCCCUCCCUGACCUCUCUCCCGCAACCUAACGCCCUCUCUUAUGUUCAAGCCGACGCUUCUGCGUACUAUUUGGAUCCCAAUUUGCAGAUUUGGGCUGCCAAGGAGGCCGUUCAGCAGUAUGGGGCGAAUCCGGCUGGAUAUGGAGGCGCUGUUGUAAGUGAACAGUUGGCACAUCCAGAGUCCAUUGUGUGGGCUAACUUGGCAUUUCAGCUUCAGGGAAAUGGAACUCUGAAGAAACGCCAAAAGAAAACAAAGGUUGUUCAAUCUGCAUAUUGUGAAGUUUGCAAGGUAGACUGUAACAGCAAGGAAGUACUUGAAAAGCAUAAAUUGGGAAAGAAACACAGGAAAAACUUGGAGAAAUUACAAGUGGCUGCUGCUGGCCCCAGUACUUCAUCAGUUUCACGUAAUCUAAUUAUUGGGCCACAAGAAGAUCCUAAUAAGGGCAAAGUUGGCAACGGACAACGGGGUAAGAAGAAAGCAGCUGCACCAGCAGAAGAUUUGGAGACAAAGAGAAGAAAAGUUGUUGAAGGUGGGGCAGCGGCGGAGGCAGUCAGAGUAUGUGCAAUUUGUAAUGUGGUUUGCAAUAGUGAGAAUGUAUACAAUUAUCAUCUCACUGGACGCAAGCAUGCUGCGAUGUUGAAGAGACAUGGACUAAGGAUGGUUGCUGCCUCCUAAAUAUAAAAUAUUUGGAAUAGAAGAUUUGGCAAGUCUAGUACUUAUGUGAUUUUCAGUCUUUACAAUGCUCAUAUUCUCAUUUGAAAUGUUACCCUGUUUUGCAUUGAUGCUGUUUUGGAGAACUAUCAUGCUGAAAUGUUAGAUAUGUUCUUGUCGACUCUGUAGGACAAAUUCAUUAAAGUAAAAAGACUUCUGGCCUUCAUUGAACAA